AUGGUAAGAUUUAAGACUGCAUUCAAUAUAAAAUAAUUAAAAGAAUUUAACAAUUAAUAAAAGCGUAGAUAAAAAGAAGAUACAAUAUAAAUAUAUAUCAAAUGGUUAGAUUAGACGAGGGAUUAGAAUAAUUUAAUUCAUAUAUUCAGAAAAAUUGUGGAAAUACAGAUAAUUAAUAAUAGAAAGGUAGAGUUAACUUUUAAUAUUUUUAUAGUUGAUGAGUUAAUUGAAAGCGAUAGAUUGGAAGAAGCAUUAGAAUAUUAUAAUUUAGAUAUUGAGAAACAUCCUGAAAAAAUUCCGCCUAUAUUCAGAAUCAAGGUAUACUAACUCUGCUUAUUGCUUAGCUAUCAUCUUAUUUAAAAUGAAUAGGGUUAAAGAAGCAUUGAAAUAUUAUGAUUAGGCUCGUUAGUUAGAUCCUAAAUAUCUAACCUAUAAUUAUAACGAAGGUAUACUUUAUUCGGCAUAUUUACAAAGCGGUUUCUUUAUUUUUAUUAAGCAUUACCUUAUUAUAGUGAAAUGAAUAGUUUGUGUGAAGCGUUAGAAUACUUUAACUUUGCUAUAUAGAAUAAUCCUGGAAAUGAAGAAUAUUACCAUUAUAAAGGUAAAUUAACUCUGCAUUUCCUUAGAGAGUAUUUUAUUUUUUUAAUCUUUAUUGUAAGGGCAGAGAUGAAAUGGGUAGAUUUGAAGAAGCGCUGA